AUGGCUGGAGUAGAGUUGAUCCUCGCCACGAUAUGCAACGCGAGCUUUUGCGAUAAUGUCUUUGAUAAUCCGCUUCUGGAUUCUCAACUCACUGCGAGACAAGAGCAAUUGCAGAUUUUAAAGGAUGAGGUUAAUGGCAAGCACCUGAAAAUUGCAACGCUUAAUAAUUAUCCACUAAGUUGGACGGAAAAGCUUGAAAAUGGCACAAUCGUCGGUCGCGGAGUGGCUUUCAUUAUCGUGGAUAUUUUGCGUGAGAGGUUCAACUUUACAUUCGAAAUUGUAUUGCCUGAAAAAAAUAUUGAAAUGGGAACGGGUCGAAAGCCAGAGGAUUCCGUGAUCAAUCUUGUAAACAGCAGCAAAGCAGAUAUGGCGGCCGCUUUCCUGCCUGUCCUUGUAAAGUAUAACAAGUUUAUAACAUUUUCUAAUGACCUCGAUGAAGGCGUGUGGAUGAUGAUGUUGAAAAGACCAAAAGAAUCGGCAGCAGGGUCUGGUCUUUUGGCACCCUUCGCUACUUAUGUUUGGUAUUUAAUCCUCGCAGCAGUUUUAUGUUACGGGCCCUGUAUCACUUUGCUCACUUGGCUCCGCGCUAAAUGUAUUAAAGAUGAGGAAUAUCACAUAUCUCUAUCCCCAAGCGUCUGGUUUGUGUAUGGAGCUUUCAUCAAGCAAGGCACUACUUUAUCUCCUGAAGCCAAUACAACUCGAGUACUUUUUGCAACGUGGUGGCUAUUCGUAAUACUUCUGUCCGCAUUUUACACAGCCAAUCUCACAGCUUUUCUUACUCUGUCUAAAUUUACACUGGAUAUUGAAAAUCCCAUAGAUUUGUAUAAGAAAAAUUAUCGAUGGGUCGCUACUGAAGGUGGAGCCGUGCAGAAUACAAUUAAAAGCCCCGAUGAAGAUCUGUAUUACCUAAGUCGAAUGGUAGCAAACGGACGAGCGAGGUUCCGCACGAUUCGCUACAACGAGGACUUCCUCCCGUCCGUGGCGGGAGGCGCAGUGCUUGUCAAGGAACAGGACGCCAUAGAUAACUUAAUGUAUAAUGAUUAUUUGAGGAAAACUAAGGAAGGUGUAGCAGAGACCGACAGGUGUACUUAUGUGGUCGCUCCAAACGCUUUCAUGACGAAACGAAGGGCAUUCGCCUACCCUAGGAACAGUACGUUGAAAAUAUUAUUUGAUACUGUACUUUCCUAUUUAAUACAAUCUGGUAUAAUCAAAUUCCUGGAACGCCGAGACUUGCCAAGCACUAAGAUCUGUCCUCUCGACCUGCAAUCCAAGGACCGUCAACUGCGGAACAGCGACCUUUUGAUGACGUAUUUGAUAAUGAUUAUUGGUCUAGUUGCCGCUAUAGCUGUUUUUAUUGGGGAGAUCGCAUUCAAGCGCUACUUAUAUAAAAAAUCUACUAAGGAAGACCAAAGCAAGCCGAUUAAAAGGCAAAGGAAUACAAAUACUCGUACACGUUAUGACGACAGCCGACCACCACCAUACGAUUCUUUGUUUGGGAAAACAAAGAACAAGUUUAAUGAUUCAGAGAAAAGAAUUAUUAAUGGCAGAGAAUAUUAUAUUGUACAUAACACCAACGGGGACACACGACUCAUCCCUGUCCGGACACCAUCGGCCUUCCUCUAUCGU